AUGAACGUGCUCAAGAUAAUCCUCUUAAUUGCCAUAUCAAUGGCUUUCUCCAUCACCCUUGCCAUGAAAACCAUAUCCAAGAUAGAAGAAGCAAAAAUAAUAUCACCCAAUAUCAACACUAACAAAGUCUUGACUAAUUUCAUCAAGCCUAGCCGUUUCCUUGCUGAAAAGAAAAAGGAAAAAUCGAGGAAACACCAUCCAGCAGGCGACAACUGCAAGAAGAACAAACACUUUUGCUUGCUAGAAGACGAUUCGGGAGACUUCUACAACUCAACUUGUUGUAAGAACAAAUGUGUCGAUCUACAAUAUGACGACGAUAAUUGUGGGGCAUGUAACAAACGAUGCGAUUAUACAGAAGCUUGUUGCCGAGGUCAAUGCGUGUACUUGGCAUUCGAUAAGAGACAUUGUGGAGAAUGCAACAAUAGAUGCACUGACGGUUUGUUUUGUAUUUAUGGAAUGUGUGAUUAUGCUUAA